AGGGAGAAAAUCGUUCCUGUACUAUCUUCUUCUCUUUUUUCUUCUUCUAGUGGCAAACCGGAGUGAAAAGGAGCAAGAAUUUUUUGCUCCGGAGCAACAGGAAGUAACUUCCAUGUACUGGAACAAACCUUAAGAUUCAGGAAUCCGUCCGCUAAAGACUAUCUGCAACUCAAAAGAAAACUAUCGACAUGUUACAAAACAUUCGCUUGCUCCCCGCGACUUGUCUGGCGAGGCGAUUGAUUCACACUACGGUUGCCUGCAGUAAAGCCCAAUCAGGCAGAUAUAAAAUUACACCCAAGGGAGAUCGUCCCCUCACCUACGAAAUGGCUAACCCGCCACAUUUGAUAGCCCAUCGCAAGGCUUGGAAUUCAUGGAACACCUCCAAUUUGGAGGGCGAGCAACGAGCCUCACAAACCAUGCUGGAGGAUGAAUUCAUCCGCCGUUUCAUGAUUGGCACCUGGCACGGACUAGUACUGUCAGAGGUGAUCAUCAAACGACAGCACAAUCACGUCCGGAUUGCUGCCAUCAUGCGCCGGGGAAUCACACCUCGUAAGAUGUAUUUUUUGAUCGGAUACUGCGAAGAGCUACUCGCCUAUUGGCUGCAGUGUCCGGUGACGCUUGAACUUCAAACCACCGAGGACAGAAAAGACGUGAUAUUUAAGUACAUCUAAGAAGAAGCAGAUCUGUGUUGGCAUUAAAAUACUUACACAAUAUGUCUGGUAGAAA